CCUUGGCCAGGGUUCUUUUUCUCUAUAAAUUCCCCUCUUCUUCCUCUACUCUAUCCAAACCCUAAUAAACCAAAGUCUCUUUCUUUACGAUCCCGAAUAUCUCUACUCGUAUCAAUGGCUGAGCAACAGCAAGAACAACAGCAAUCGAGAUCCGUCGGCAAGGUCCUAUGGUUCGAUGACCAAAGAGGCUUCGGCUUUAUUCAUCCCGACGAUGGUGGCGAAGAUCUCUUCGUCCAUCAAUCUUCAAUCAAGUCCGACGGCUAUCGUAGCCUUGCCGAGGGCGAAUCUGUUGAGUUUACUGUUUCCCAAGGCAACGGCGGCAAGACCCAGGCUGUUGAAGUAACCGCAAUCGGUGGCUCUCCUAUCAAAAAGAAGGACCGUCGCAGCGGUGGUGGCGGUUGGAGGGGCGGAAACGAUCGGAGGAACGGCAGCGGGGGGUGUUAUAACUGUGGGGAUUUGAAUCAUCUCGCCAGGGAUUGCAGUAACAACAUUAUUAAUUACGACAAUAACGAUAAUUACAACAAUGUCCCCAAUGGCAGUGGCGGCGGGGUUUUUUGUUAUAAUUGCGGUGAGGGGGGCCAUUUUGCGAGGGAGUGUAGGAGAGAUGGCAGCGGCUUUGCUGGUGGUGGAGCUGGGAAGUGUUACAACUGUGGGAAAUAUGGGCACUUUGCCAGAGAGUGUAAUAGAAACAGUAGCGGUGGUGGCGGAAGCCGAGGCUGUUUUACGUGUGGAGGGUUUGGGCAUUUGGCGAGGGACUGUAACAAUAACAAGGGAACAGAAUGUUUUAAAUGCGGCGAAGCAGGGCAUUUUGCGAGGGAGUGUCCAAACUUGAAGGCUUCUGCUUAAAUGGGAAUGUGAUAAAAAAAAAGAGUAAUAGUACAUAUUUCUCUUUUUCUAUCUUUCGGGGUUCUCUGUUUUUUGGAAGUUAUACGUAAGGAUGUUUUGGAUUAUCCAGCUUUUUUUUCCUUUUCCAGGAGAGAAUUUUUCCAGUUGCUAUACAUAGAUGAGCUGGUUCGGAUAAGAAUUUAGAUUUUUUUUUUUUGUUUUGGUUAUUUUCGAUUGUUGUCAGUGACUUUGGAUUAACUAUCAAUUUAGCAGCGUCUAUUUUCAAGUGUGAAUUAAUGUUUUUUCUAUUCUCACGUCCGAUGCAAAUUUUCUUUUGAACUUUUUAUUAUGCUGCAUUAAUCAUAAAUGUUUUAAUGGAAGUUAUAGUCUAAAUUUGGUAGUAUUUAAUAUGCUUUUGAGCAUUUAUCUUUUCUUAUUAGGUUCCUAAUUCUACUACUUAGUUUAAUGCACUC